UGCAUAAACACCUCUCUGCAGACCCACCCGCGUGCAAAGAAAGGAGCUGGGCCUCGGGACCUGGACGUCAUGGCCCAGCUGCAGUCCUCUGAAGUGCAGCAGCUGCUCCACAACAAGUUCGUCGUCAUCCUGGGAGACUCCAUCCAGAGGUCCGUGUACAAGGACCUGGUGCUCCUGCUGCAGAAGGAUUGCCUGCUCACUUACGACCAGCUCAAGGUCAAGGGGGAGCUGAGCUUCGAACAGGACAAGUUGGUGGAAGGAGGCAAGAAGGAUAUCAUGAGCAACAGCACCGACUACCGCGAGGUCCGCGAGUUCUGCACCGGCCACCACCUGGUGCGCUUCUACUUCCUAACACGUGUGUACAGUGAGUAUGUCCGGACCGUGUUGGAAGAGCUGCAGUCCCACGAGCACACCCCGGACCUGGUCAUCAUGAACUCCUGUCUCUGGGACAUCUCCAGGUAUGGACCGGACUGGUUUAGCAGCUACCGGGAGAACCUGGAGAACCUGUUCAGGCACCUGGGCCAGGUGCUGCCAAAGUCAUGCCUCCUGGUGUGGAACACGGCCAUGCCCCUGGGCAGGAAGGUCACUGGGGGCUUCCUCCCGAAAGAGCAGCCGGCCAUUUCCUCGGCCCGGAUUAAAAAGGUGAUCGAGGCCAACUUCUGCAGCUAUGUCGAGGCGAAGAACCACAAUUUAGAUGUGUUGGAUUUGCAUUUCCACUUCCGCCACGCGGAGAGGCACCGGCACGUAGACGGGGUACAUUGGAACCAACUCGCGCACCGACACCUCUCCCAGCUGCUGCUGGCCCAUGUGGCCGACGCUUGGGGUGUGGAGCUGCCCCACCGCCAACCAGUGUGCCAGUGGAUCAAGUGUGACCCUGCAAGGGCCAGACCUAGCCAGAGACUUGAAAGGCAGUCCCAGAGCAGCAGAGACCUAAGGGCCAUACCCCCACCCUCCUCGUUGCCUCCUCCCAGGCACAGCCCCCUGCUGCCACUCCCAGCUCCCCGCCCACCCCUGUCCCCACUCCUGCCCUCUCCGCCUCUUCCCAUUGCCUGUCACCCGGCCAUGCGCCCCCAGGUCUUGUUCUAUCCCCAAGAUACCUAUUUUUCCUCAGACCAACCUUUCCAGUCCGGUCAAUUCUUCUUCAGCAAUUUCCAUUCUACCCAGACAGGAUUUGAGUUAGAAAAUGACUUUGUGUUUGAUCCCCAGCCACCAAGGGCCCCCUUCCCCACACCCUAUUAUCAGCAGCCGGCCCCCGUGGUUCAUAGGGGUUUCCCCCGGAAUCUACCUCCUGGCCCUUAUAUGUCCUGGAGACAGUUGCCCAAACCUUUCAGGAGACAAGCCCGAGGCUGCUCAGAGCCAAGGCCUCAUUAGAAUGACUUGUGCCUUUUUCCUCCUCAUGGACGUGGACUUGACAGGUCAUCUGUUGCCUAAACUGACUGGUCUUGUUAACA